AUGAAGGCGCUAGGCAGUGUCAUUGGUGCGGCCCCAUUGCCCGUGCUGUGUUCGAGUGUUCGGAACCAUCGGUUUCGCGUCUCCUUUUCUUCUUCUUCUUCGUCUUCGUCGUUGGGUUCCAAAACGGUGGAACAAGGGGGAAUUGCAGCUCCGAAACCUGAAUACAAGCCUGGGGUGUUUGAUGACUUGUUUCUCAAUUUGUUCCGCAACAAAUUGGUCCAGGAGGUUGGGUGGGACUCGAAGAAACCUGGAUAUGAUGGACUAAUUGAAGUUGUGAAUCGUCUAAUGAUGAAGGGCACUUCCAAUUCUAAUACCGUGGAAGCAGCGGUACGAAUAUUGAGGUCUCUGUUCCCUCCAUAUCUUUUGGAGCUCUAUAAAAUGCUCAUAGCUCCCAUAGGAGGAGGCAAAAUUGCGGCUAUGAUGGUUGCAAGGGUUACUGUACUGACUUGUCAAUGGCUCAUGGGCACGUGCAAAGUGAAUUCUGUCGAUCUACCAGAUGGAACCUCGUGCAGUAGUGGGGUGUAUGUGGAAAGAUGCAGGUAUCUGGAGGAAAGCAAGUGUGUUGGUAUUUGCACCAACACCUGUAAGUUUCCGACACAGACCUUCUUCAAGGAUCAUAUGGGAGUUCCAUUACUUAUGGAGCCUAACUUUGGUGAUUACAGCUGUCAGUUCAAAUUCGGAGUUCUUCCCCCACAAGAUGAUACCAUCCCGAAGGAGCCAUGCUUGGAAGCAUGUCCAAAUGCUUCCCAACGACGAAUGGUAGCCAGAAAUGUAGAUAUAACUACCUGCCCAAAGACAUGA